AUGCAUAUUUAUAAAGCAGAUAUAUCAGCGAAUAUAGUAUAUAGAGGUCCCGGUGACAGAUAUUUAGUCGUGUUUAAACCGCAAAAUUGGCGAUUGAAAGCUAAAAAGUCUUACCAGGGACCGUGUCUAACAAAUUUUCUGCGCAAUAAAUAUGAUUUUGACUUUGAAAAUUUAUAUUUCCCAUAUAAAUUACCAGAAACAUACUCAGGAUUGGUUAUUACAUGUACUGACAAAGUAAUUCUGACACAAUUUAACAAUUCAAUUGCAUCUGAACAAGUCAAUUUUACAUAUAAUUGCCAUAUAUCGCACUUACAUCAUAAGCAUAAUCCAUUUUAUUUGGGAUUACCAUAUAUAGCAAUUCCUAUACUUAGCUAUGGUACUACUGGAAAUCAAUGGAUUAGAUACAGUAAGAAUAGGACAACCCUGUCCAUGGAAUCCAAGAAUAAAUCUAAUUACUGUACUGAUGGAUUUGACAACAUGCCUAUAAGCUUUCUUACAAGAACAAAUAAAAGUUCCUACUGUAGUUAUUCAUCAUUAUUACCAAAUGAUAAUAUGUCAAAAUUGUUAUUCAAGUAUCAAGUUGAUGAGUUAAGCCCUGAAACACAAAGAUUGGAGUUUACAAUAAACAAUGUGGAUGUAACUAACGAUUUGAUUACAUUCCUUAGGAGCUUGAAUUUGAAUAUUUGUAACUCCAGUGGGAUAAAUUUGUGUAAAAUAUCAUUCCCAGACCCAAUAUUUAGGGAUAAAUUGGUAGAGAUUUCUAGAAAUCAAUAG